AUGAUGCUAGCUACUGAUGCUAUCUCCGCUUCUUCCUUCGACAGAAGGCAACAACAACAUCACCAUUUUAAUAUAUUUGAUAAAAAUCCAAAUAAUACAAUGGAUUAUUUUUUAACAAAUACUGAUGAUAUCAGUGAUUGUGAUGCUCAAUCAGACAAGUCAAUUUCAAAUAAUAAUAACGCUAAAAAUCAUACACAAAAAUCAACACUUGGAGAAAAUACUGGUAGAAGUAGCAGACGUAAACAAUUAGCACCUCGUUCUCGACUUGUUCGUCAAUGUGAUGAAUGUGAUUUUUCAUCAUCGAUAAUAAAUGAAUUUAAAACUCAUAUGAAAUUUGAACAUGGACAUGAUCAAGUAUUUUUAUGUGAUAUAUGUCGAUAUUAUUCAUUAUCAUCAUUUGAUUAUCAAUUACAUUUGAAUUCUCAUCAAAAUAAUCAAAUAUCAUCAUCAUCAAAAUUAAAUAUAUUAUCACAAGAACAACAAAUUGAAUCUGAUGGUGAAAUUGAAGAUGAUGAAUCAAUAAAUAUUUUUUCUAAAGAACAAAAUUCAACUCUAUUUGAAAAUGAUGAACAAAUUUCUGAUGAUGAACAAGUAAGAAAUGUAUUAUUUAUUAAUAAUUUAUUUCUUCAUAAUAAUCUAUUGAAUAAAUAG